GUGACCAAAGUUCCAUAUUUGGGUGUUUGCUCUCUUUUUAGUACCGCAUCCUUGCAUGCUCCUUUAAAUUGGUUUCAUAUGUGUGCAGAAUUCAUUGACAGUCCCCAGGCAACCAUGCAGGUCAGGGGGAGGAGGUCUUCUCUUCCCUAGUGAGAAGACGUUUCCAUACUUUUUUUCUGACCUAAAAGCCUUCUUUGUGAGCGACGACCAUAAAUACCAGUGCAAGGCUGCUCAGUCUGCUCACAGCCUGCUGCAGUCUGCUGUCUCGUACUUCGUUUCCAGCAUGCAGAUCCUGAGCUGUGUACUCAUCUUGUCUUGCUGCGUUUGGGCAGCUGUUGCAAACAACCAGGAUGGAGAAAAUGCUGCUGAAGCAGGAAGGAGUAAAAUCACUGGUGAUGUACCCAUCCAGUUUGUAACAAAAACCAAAGACCGAUGUUCAAUGACCUUGACAGGUCAUGGGGAGCUGACCAGGCUGCGUGUCUCCUGCGUGGGCCAGGAGUCUUACUGGUGCGAGUAUGAGGGCAAGCCGGAAAUCUGCCGCAACUACAACACCAACCCUCGCCACUUCUUCACACAGAUCAUGUGGGAGCUGCGCAAGUUGAACAAUGCUUGCCAGGGCCCACGAAUCCUCAAGCCUACCAUGUGUAAGAAAGCGCCAGAUGAAUCUCAGAUGGUCAUCACUACUGAUUCCUCUGUUACUGUGGUACAGGCACCAGUAAAACCACAAACAACAGCUGUCAAGCAGGAUCAACCCAAACCUGAGCAGGCAAAACCUGAACCACCUACGAGCACACCACGUUCUGAUCAAGUUAAGCCAGAACAGAAACCAAACGCUGCAAGGCAAAAGCCAACUAGACAAAAGCCUGCGAAACCUCAACCAACAGGACCUCUACCGGUCAGACCAAAAGCCAAAACAGAGCCUGCAAAACCUGUGGCAUCUAAACCAGGCAUCAAAACAACAACAACACUAAAGAAGAUCUUGGCACCAAAGGCAGCUACACAAGCACCAACUACAACCACUCCACCACCCACAAGGUCAGCUGAGAGUCUGGCACAACAGUACUGCUGGCAUGGCAUGCAGGACUUUUGCACCAAAGUCAUCGGCUGGUUCACAAAAUAAAAUAAAUCCAUCUGGAAAAAAAACUUGAAAAUCCUCACACAGCAGCCUGGAGUGAUUCUGUUGAAAGGACAGAACUCAUAGAAAGCAGCAGAGUGAACAGUAUAUGUCAUUAAAAUGGAAGAGCUUUCUGAUGGAUGUGUCACAUAAACCCUCCGUCAUCAUAUAUAGAUGUCAGCUGCAGAUGCCUUGAUUCCACUGUACAAUCCCAGUGAAAUUUGCUCUCCAAAGAUGUCUAAUGUAAUAAACAGGAUUUUAUUUUUUACAUACUCAUUACCUCAUGUCUCACUCAGAUAACCUCAGGUACCUCUCAGACAUUUGUUAUAAAUGUACAGUUAGACAUACCUCUUCAGAGGCUUAGACAAAUUC